CCCAGAGCCUCUUUCUAAGCAAAAUAAUAUCUAAUUUUUUUUUUCCGCAUUAAAAAAAAAUAAAAUAAAAAAAAGAAUUGCAAAUAAACAGUUAACAUUGAAGCACAUCAGUUGUUUUUGUGUGAAAAUGUUAAGGUGCUUGUUAUUGCAACUCUUAUUUCUUAAUUAUUUUUCGGGCGGGCGUCGUCAAGGAGCUAAAACUUUAUUUUUUUAAUGUGACGUUUAGUAAUUUGCAAUUUUUUCUCGUAUCUACGAGCUUUGAAUAGCGUAUGCUUUUAAAAUUUGUAAUUUAAGUGUCUUAUGUUCUAACAAUUUGCAGUUACUUUCGCUUACGCAUUUGAAAUAGCCUUAGAGAAGUGCCUUUGUGUAAAAGCGUAAAACAUGGGCAAUAUUUAUACCGUAGGACCAAAUGAAGCUUUGAUAGUUUCUGGUGGAUGUUGCGGAUCUUUGGAUAAGCGAACUGUUGUUGGAGGCUGGGCAUGGGCAUGGUGGCUUGUCACAGAUGUUCAGAGAUUAUCUUUAGAAGUCAUGACACUAACUCCUCGUUGUGAACAUGUUGAAACUGCUCAAGGCGUCCCUCUUACAGUCACUGGAGUAGCUCAGUGUAAAGUGAUGACAGAAAAAGAGUUUUUGUCUACAGCUGCUGAACAGUUUCUCGGGAAAAAGGUUCAUCAUGUUGAAUCUGUAAUUUUGCAAACACUAGAGGGUCACUUGCGAGCCAUUCUUGGUACACUGACUGUGGAAGAAGUUUACAGAGAUCGUGAUCAAUUUGCAUCACUUGUUCGUGAGGUUGCAGCACCAGAUAUAGGGCGAAUGGGAAUAGAAAUUCUGAGUUUCACCAUCAAAGAUGUUUUUGACAAAGUUGAAUAUUUGGCAUCUCUUGGAAAGGCCAGAACAGCAGCAGUAAAACGAGAUGCUGAUGUUGGUGUUGCUCAAGCUGAGAGAGAUGCUGGAAUAAGAGAAGCUGAAUGUGAAAAGUCUGCUAUGGAUGUAAAAUAUGCAGCAAAUACAAAAGUUGAAGAUUCUCAUCGAAUGUAUCAACUACAGAAAUCCAAUUUUGAUGCAGAAGUAAACACUAAGAAAGCAGAGGCACAAUUGGCAUAUGAGCUUCAGGCUGCUAAAAUGAAGCAGAAAAUUCGAAGUGAAGAGAUAGAGAUUGAAAUUGUUGAGAGAAGAAAGCAAAUUGCUAUUCAAGAAAAGGAAAUUCUCCGCAAAGAGAAAGAACUGGCUGCAACUGUGAGGUUGCCAGCAGAAGCGGAAGCUUUCCGUCUUGAAAUGAUUGCACAAGGCAAAAGGACACAAACUAUGGAUGUUGCUAGAGCUGAUGCGGAGAAGAUAAAAAUGCUUGGUGCAGCUGAGGCCUAUGCUAUUGAAGCAGUGGGAAAAGCUGAAGCUGAGCAAAUGAGGAUGAAAGCUGCUGCAUACAAGCAGUAUGGAGAUGCUGCUGUCAUGAGUUUAGUGUUGGAGUCAUUACCAAAGAUUGCUGCUGAGGUAGCAGCACCUUUAGCUAAAACUGAUGAAAUAGUUCUCCUUGGAGGAAGCGACCGUGUUACUGAUGAAGUUUCAAAGUUAGUGAGUCAACUGCCACCAACCGUUCAAGCCUUAACAGGAGUUGAUUUAACCAAAGUUGUCAACAAAUUUGUUGCUUCAAAAUGAAAAAUAUUACAAAGACAAUGGAUGUACACAUUUGCUUGCAUCUUAAGUGCACUAUAACUGAUACUUUUUUACGAAACUUGCGCUCUAUUUUUUGUACAUAAUUGUGUUUGAUAAGCAGUUUUAAUCUUUAUGAAAUGUCAAAAUGUUGUUUCUAUGGUUUUAAAUAUUUUGCUCUAUGUGUGUGCUUAAAUAUCUCAUGUCAAAUGAUCACAAAUUCAUCCAAAAAUCUCUUUUAGUUCUAGUAAUAACUUUCAAAAUAUUUUUUAAUAAAGAGAAAAAAAAACAUUUUGAUGAAAGCUGUUUUAUUUUAUUUUAUUCUUAUUUUUUUUGUCCAGAAAUAAAAUUCUGUUAUUUAGCAGGCUAAGCCAAAAAAUUUUUAUCAAAUGGUUUUAGUUAAAUUCUUUCUUUUACUUUAAGAAAUGUUACAACUUAAAAUGGUAGCCUGCCUAUCUAUAAACUUGGUCUGCUCAUGAAAGGGUUUUUCUUUUGACUUUUAGGUUUUACUUAUUUUCUAUUCUCAAAGUAUGAAUUAAUAACUUUCACUGAAAUAAAUGUUUUCGGAUAUUUUUUUUCCUCCCUAAAUAUUGAUUGAUUACUUUACUUAUCUGAUUUAUGUUCAAAUUUUAUGAAAUUAAAAGAGUAUGUAGCAAAAAGAGACUGACGCCUCCUAUUGUAAAUUAUACAGCAUAUCCGUUAUCGAAAAUUGUGAUGGUGUUUAAAAAAUCAUAUAAAAAAUAAAGUUUUGAAUUGUUAUUUACUAAAUAUUUACCAUCAUAUUAAUUUUCAACGAAAUAAUUUUGCAUAAUUCUACCUCUACAAAAAAAUCUGGUUAAUAAAAGAAUCAAUUUUGUGUCAUUAAUAGUUUCUUUAUGAGUAAAUUAUGUCACCAUAAAUGUUUCCCUAUUUGAUACAUUUUUUCUCUUCAGCAGCAAAAAUUUAUUUUCCUCUCCUGAUCUAAAAAAAAACUUUCAAGAGUAUAUCAGUCAAUUGUAAUUUGUGUAAACAUGAGGUAUA